UAAAUUCUUUAAUUCACAUUUUUGUGUGUAACUUUUGGUUUACAAUGUCAAUCUCAUAUUUUGUAUGAUUCUUUAUUCAUACAUUAGUCUGUACAUGUAAUCUUACCAGUCGUUUUCUUUCAUAUUGAUGAAGCAGGAGUUUGCGAGGGAGAGAUCUAACAAGGCAAGCUAGCCAUGGCCCAGGAGCAAUUGCAGGUGCUUAAUGCACUGGACAGUGCAAAAACACAAUGGUAUCAUUUCACCGCAAUUGUGAUUGCUGGAAUGGGCUUCUUCACUGAUGCAUAUGACCUCUUCUGCAUAUCCCUUGUCACCAAAUUGCUUGGCCGCAUAUACUAUCACGUCGAAGGCUCAGCAAAGCCUGGCUCAUUGCCUCCAAAUGUAUCAGCUGCUGUCAAUGGUGUGGCACUUUGUGGCACAUUGGCAGGGCAAGUCUUCUUUGGUUGGCUUGGUGACAAAUUGGGAAGAAAGAAAGUCUAUGGCAUGACUCUUAUGCUCAUGGUCAUCUGCUCCGUUGCUUCCGGGCUCUCCUUUGGGCACACCCCAAAAUCUGUAGUUUCGACGCUUUGCUUCUUCCGUUUCUGGCUUGGGUUUGGCAUUGGUGGUGACUACCCACUCUCUGCCACCAUCAUGUCUGAAUAUGCUAACAAGAAGACUCGUGGUGCCUUUGUUGCGGCAGUCUUUGCCAUGCAGGGCUUUGGAAUUUUAGCUGGAGGGUUGUUUGCAAUGCUUAUGUCUGCCAUAUUUGAGGCCAAGUUCAAGGCUCCAGCUUAUGAAGUUGAUCCAACUGGUUCAACUGUCCCACAGGCAGACUACCUUUGGAGAAUCAUUUUAAUGGUUGGAGCACUUCCAGCAGCUCUAACCUAUUACUCGCGGUCGAAGAUGCCUGAAACUGCUCGUUACACAGCGCUUGUUGCCAAUAAUGUCAAACAGGCUACUUCAGAUAUGGCAAAAGUUUUGCAGGUUGACAUUGAAGCUGAACCGGUCAAGCCCCAGGAACCUGCUAAAUCCUUUGGUUUGUUCUCUAAGGAAUUUAUGCGCCGCCAUGGACUUCACUUGCUUGGAACCACAAGUACAUGGUUCUUGCUUGACAUUGCAUUUUAUAGUCAAAAUCUGUUUCAGAAGGACAUCUUUAGUGCCAUUGGAUGGAUUCCUAGUGCAAAGACUAUGAAUGCCGUUUCAGAGGUUUAUAGAAUAGCAAGGGCACAGACUCUUAUUGCUCUAUGCAGCACUGUGCCUGGUUACUGGUUCACUGUGGCCUUGAUUGAUAAAAUUGGAAGAUUUGCAAUCCAGUUGAUGGGAUUUUUCUUCAUGACAGUGUUCAUGUUUGCCUUGGCCUUUCCUUACAAUUAUUGGACACACAAGGAUCACUUGAUUGGGUUUGUGGUACUCUACUCACUGACUUUCUUCUUUGCAAAUUUUGGACCAAAUGCCACCACAUUCGUGGUGCCGGCUGAGAUUUUCCCGGCUAGACUACGUUCUACAUGCCACGGCAUAUCUGCAGCAGCAGGAAAGUUAGGGGCAAUGGUGGGUGCAUUUGGCUUUUUGUACUUGGCUCAACCCCAGGACAAGACUAAGGCAGAAGCAGGGUUCCUUGCUGGUAUAGGGGUCAAGAAUUCACUCAUUGUGUUGGGUGUGGUCAACUUCUUGGGUUUGUUAUUUACAUUCUUUGUGCCUGAAUCAAAAGGAAAAUCUUUGGAGGAAAUUUCAGGUGAGACCAAUGAAGAGCGCAAUUAAGGAAGUAGAAGAUUAAAGCAGCCGCAGACAAGAAGGGAGUUUCUGUUCUUCUAAAAUACAGCAAUUUUUUAGGAUAUCCU